UACAGACAUAAAUUCAGCAGAAAUGACAGAUGAAAAUCAGAACGAUACUCUAAUAGUACCAUCUAGAGGGAGCAAUGAAAGCACUCCAAACACAACACUACCGAUUAUAACAAAUCAAUCAUUAACAGAAGCGAUGACAUCUGUGACAACUAGUAAUCCAUUCUCUUCCAAUAGUCGACCUCGAUACGAUGAAGAUGAAGAUGAUAGAGAAUUUGGACAUCUUGACGAAGAAAGUAUGCAAGGAACCUCACUCUUUAAUAAUGCAAAUAUAACCGAGAGAGGAGAAGUAUCAGACCGAGUAAUACGACGAGUAUCAUUUAACCUGAAUACACGGGAAAGAUCUAAUACCUUUACAAGACCGAAUUAUCCAAAUGCUAUUGCCUCGGGCUCUGGAACUCAAUCGAUCUCGAUGGGAACUA